AUGUGGCUUCCUGCUUAUUUGCUUCUAUUUGCCUCGAUUAGCCAGCUCAUAAGCAACAUCGACGCCUCCCUUGACAGCACCGGAUCAAAAAUUUGGCUUUGUGAAAGUCGUUUAUUGAAAGAUCAGGAGAAAGAGCCAGAACUGGGAUUAACAUUUCCUGGCAGCACUCCCGGGUUCUGGAGCACUUUCGACUCCUAUGGCUCACCUACAGCCGCGUUCCCAAAUUCAGGGAUCCAAUGGGCGCAAGAGCUCCAUUGCCCCAACGAAGGUCUCAGUAAGAAUUUCCGUAUGUGGGAUACUCUCCAGUGGCAGUUAAUCGGGGAGCCUGAACCAAGGUUGAAACCUCUAGUGGACGCAAAAAAUAAGAAUGACUAUACAUAUAUUAUCGAAAAUCUCGACAAAGUCAUUGGAGAAAUCUUCUCGAGUCAGCCUGCGAAAGACCUAUCUGCUCAGACCAGAGUAGCCUCGAUAGCUGCGCCUACUUGUUAUUCAAUCAUGAACGAACUCUACUUUCAGUCUCGUUAG